AUGACUCACGUCAAUACUCGUCUUCUUGAUGCUGAUGAAGAACGUCUGAAUACACUUACUCCUUUGCGUGGUUAUGCAGAGGAACCUCUGGUUUCAUUAGAAAAAGCUGUUGUGAAAUUACGCACGUUGGUCGAUGAUGUUGAUGCACGCGUCUGGACAGCUAUGAAUCGAUGCGAAAAACCAGCCGACGAACUCUCUCCGGCUGAAUCAGCUGCCAUAGUUUUAUAUACAAUCGAGUGGGAUCCUAGUCAUCCUAGUCUUUAUUUAGUAUUGAACCGAACACUUCGCCUUGAAGAUCGAAGAAAACUUACUCCUUGGUUUCCUUAUUUGAAAUUACUGUUAACCGCACUAUUCAAAUUACCAUCAAUUUGUUGCACCAUAUGGCGAGGUGUACGCGGUGAUUUACGCGCGCAAUACAAACUGGGCGGCAAAAUUACAUGGUGGGCAUUCAGUUCGUGUACGACUACGAUUAGUGUUCUUGAAAGCGAUCAAUAUUUGGGAACAUCGGGUCCACGUACAUUAUUCGCAAUUGAAUGCUUAAAUGGAAAAGACAUCAAACGACAUUCCUAUUUUGCACAGGAAGAAGAGAUAUUGCUUCUUCCAUGCACUCAUUUCCAAGUUAUUAGCCAUUUACGCAGCAUGGAAAAUUUGUAUAUUAUUCAUUUGCGUGAGAUACAACCGCCAUUUAUGCUUCUCGAACUACCAGAUCCUAUGUCAGCAGGUUCUGGUAUUAAGAAACCUAGCUAUGCACAAUUGCAAUCCAAACUGGAGCAACUCACUAAUGAAAAUGAGCGUCUGAAGGUACGAUGCAAUGAACUUGAGACCGAAAAUGAAAUUCUAAAUAAAAGUUAUGCCGAUUACGAAAAUGAAAUUCAACGUCUUAAACAGGAUAAUCGCCGUAUGAAACAAGAAGGUCAGCACUCUGCUCAAGAGAUUGCAAGUCAAAAAGAAGAAACUCAGCGUUGUAAGCAGGAUGUUCGUCAUCUGAAACAAGAAGCUCAGCAGUCUGAUGCAGUGAUUGAACGUCUGAACACCGAAAUUCAACGUUUCAAACAAGAGAUUGAACGUCUGAAACAUUCAUCGGCUACAUCAAGCGAGCGUACAACAAGAACUUCUUUAGUUUCAUCCGAAAGGACGAUUGGUGAGUGA